AUGACCACCCUUUAUCUACUUNGAACGAUAAAACAAUUAAAGAAGUUCGUUCCAACAGACAAGGUACCUCAUACUGUCCUGGUCAUCUACCUUUUAAACAAUGACUCACUCACAGCUUCAACCUCCCGACCUGUUGCAUCAUCCUCACAAUCCUUUACUCCACAGCACCAGAUUUUGAGGGAGACUCCUCACGUUGUUAACGUUAAAACAAGACCUCUAAUCAAGGAAUUACCUACCGCAUUUAGACGUGAACGCUCUAAUACUUUGGAAACUCUUGUUCCCAUUCCCACUCCUGCAAAGAUUGCUUCUCCACCUCUAAUUCCCUACACCCCUAAAUGGUUCUUAGCUACUGGUUCAAUCUCCCAGUCUACAUAUGACAAUUAUAUCGAUAAAUCUAUAAAUAUACAGAAUAGCGGUGCUUGGUAUGGCACCGCUGUCUCUUAUUUUAUUAACUUCUUUCAACCAACUGAUCACCCAGUCGACUCAAAACUGAAAAAUGCAAGGCUUACCUUUCUGAUGUUCGGGAUCUACUCAAUCUCCAUAACUCAGUUCUUCGAACUAAAAGAUUAAAGUUAUCACUGGAUUUUUUACCUGUUCCCGCUAAUGCCCUUGAGCCUUAGCUUUUAAUACCUUUUUUUUUAUAUAUAUUAGUCCGC